UACAGUAAGUAGGACGGACAUAUCAGACGCAGUAAGAUACAUACAUGUUCAACCGCAAUUGUUAUAUGAUGCAAUAUAUAUGCCGGAGUGGCGAUAGGAAGCGCAAAGCAGUUGAUUAGGCUGCAAGGAUUUUCCAGCCUGAAUGUUUGUCUAUUUUUGGGAAUGUAUUUAGUUUUUUUUUCAAUUGACUGUUAUGUCUCUUUCUUUGAAUACUUGGCAGUGACGACAACUUUCCCCUUUUAACUAGCCUACCUAAUCUAACGUUCGUUGGUUUGGGAAAGAAGACAAACGGCGAAUAGGGGAAAAUAGAUAAUUUUACAAUGGAAAACGACUAAACCUUGGAUUGGGACAGUACAUCAUCGCGACAGUUUGCAAUGUUAGAUGCGGAAAUGCGCUAUUUUCUUUGGUUUGUGGAUAUUGCAGCUCGAUCGAGGAGAAUAAAAAGCCUUUGGGUGUCUGUGAUUGGACCGGACACCGACUGGGGCUGACUGAUGUUUUUCCAGGAGGAAAUGUUUUUUGGGGAGAGAUGAAUACGUGUUUGCUGUUGCUCGCAGCAGGAGAGAUGCCAGUCUCUCCAUGCGCCACACUCCAGUGAGGAUAGAAAACGUGCCGGCAAAAACUAACAGAUUCAUGGAUGAAUUCUAUGUUAAAUUUUUCUAAAAGAUUAAUGUAAGAUUGCUGUUUGAUUGUAUUUUUGUUUUAUGGGGUAGUACAUAUGUGCAAACCUCCACAACUUUAUCUGGCUGCUGCGUUUUCAAACCUUUCCAAGUGGAGAUGGACAUUGUGCGUUUUUGUACUGUAUAGGACUGGAGUAGCCUAUACAUUAGGCUGAACAUUAGUGCUGUCAAGCACUCGCCUCCUGGCAAUUAUUCACGCGGACUGGUAUUGUAGAAUACAUGUUGUUUUAUUGUGAAAGAAUAUAGUCUGUCGUUUUUUUUUUUUUUUUAUAGAAUGUGAGAUUGAAAACACAUCUCAUAUAUAUUUGAAUAUGUCUCCAAAAUACAUUUCAGAAGUUUUUGAAAAAUACUUGAACUUGUUAUCACAAAGGAAAAUAAUUUGCCAUUCAGCUUAAAAAAGAGAUGAUAAUAUAAACAAAACAACAACAAAAUGUCUUGGACCAUGGCAAAAAAGUGGAUAGGGUGCUAUAUAUUUUUACUGGCACUCUUGGCAGUGGGAAUGGCUUUUUCGGGUGUAUUCAACGCGUCAGAAAAAUAUAUUUUUACGGAUGAUUUGGUGCCACUCAAACUCACCCAGGGCAAAGCAUCAGAGCAUCGAAAACUUCAAUCUACCGAUUCUCAUCCCAACCUGUAUUUCAACCAAGUAGAUGUACAGCUUAUGAGGCAAAGAUCCUCCAGCACACACAGCCACAUUUUCAAAGUAAUCAGGGCAGCGGUCCUGACCAUGCUGUCCAAUGUGCCCCUUUACAUGCCCCCUGCAAAACAUGAGGAGUUUACUAGCAAGUGGAAUGAGAUUUAUGGGAACAACCUACCCCCCCUUGCUCUGUAUUGCCUGCUGUGCCCAGAGGACUCAGGUGCCCUGCAGUUUCUCAUCAAGUUUAUGGAUAGAAUGGCAGAUUACCCGGACUGGAAGGUGACCAGUGCUCCCAAUGAUGAGGUGCCCAUGGCACACUCACUUACUGGGUUUGCCACCGCAUAUGACUUUAUUUACUCGUUCCUGGACGAGGACCGACGGGAUGUUUACCUCAGGAGAAUUCGCUCUGAGACAGAGGAACUGUUUGAGACAUCUAAGUAUAGGGGUUGGGGGAAGCAGUAUCUCCAAAAUCAUCAAACCACUAAUAUAUUAGCCAUCUUGACUGGGGCUAUUGUGGUCGGCACCCAUGAAGACCCAGAAACAAUGGUCUGGAAACAGGUGUCAGUCAAUUAUAUGGAGAAGACCAUGUUUCUCCUAAACCACAUUGUGGACGGGUCACUAGAUGAGGGCGUGGCAUACGGGAGCUACACGGCCAAGUCAAUCACGCAGUAUGUUUUCUUAGCGCAACGUCAUUUCAACAUUGACAACACACAGAACAACUGGCUGCUGGAACACUUCUGGUUCUACUAUGCAACUCUGCUGCCCGGCUUUCAGAGGACUGUGGGCAUCGCCGACUCCAACUACAACUGGUUCUACGGCCCAGAGAGCCAGCUGGUGUUCCUAGACACAUUUGUUAUAAGAAACGGCACUGGGAACUGGCUAGCCCAGCAGAUUAGAAAGCACAGGCCCAAGGACGGUCCCAUGGGCCAGUCCUCUGCCCAGCGCUGGACUACCCUUCACACUGAGUACAUCUGGUACAAUGUCCAUCUCACGCCACAACCUCCCCAUGGCUUUGGCAAAGCCAGGAUGCAUAUUUUCUCCAACUGGGGUGUGGUGACGUACGGAGCCGGGCUGCCCAACGGUCAGGGCAACACAUUUGUCUCCUUUAAAUCCGGGAAGCUGGGUGGCCGUGCCGUGUAUGACAUUGUUCAUGCAAAGCCCUAUUCAUGGCUGGACGGCUGGAAUAGCUUCAACCCAGGCCACGAGCACCCGGACCAAAACUCCUUCACUUUUGCCCCUAACGGACAGGUAUUUGUGUCUGAAGCACUUUACGGGCCUAAGUACAGUUAUCUGAACAAUGUGCUUGUGUUCGGCCCCUCUCCCAGCAGCCAGUGUAAUGCCCCAUGGGAGGGCCAGCUGGGGGAGUGUGCUAAGUGGCUGCGCUGGACAGAUGAAGGGGUGGGGGAUGCUGCUGGGGAGCUGGUCGCUGCCUCCUCCCAUAGAGACACUAUGUUUGUAAGCGGGGAGGCAGCCCCAGCUUAUUCUCCAGCCAUGCGGUUAAGGAGUGUGUACAGGGCACUGGUGCUGCUCAACUCCCAAACCUUGCUAGUACUGGACCAUGUCGAGAAGUUGGACGAUUCGCCCAUCACCUCGCAGAGUGCGUUCUUCCACAACCUCGACAUCGACUUUAAAUAUGUCCCCUAUAAAUUCAUGGACAAGUAUAAUGGGGCGUUGAUGGAUGUGUGGGACGCUCAUUAUAAAAUGUUCUGGUUUGACAGUCAGGGUCUCAGCCCAGAUACUAGGAUACAGGAGGCCGAGCAGGCUGCAGAGUUCAAAAAGAGGUGGACACAGUAUGUUAACGUCACUUUCCCCAUGAGGGGCACAGUAAGCCGAGUGGCCUAUGUGAUGCAUGGACCUUAUGUCAAAGUGUCCAACUGUCGAUUUCUGGACAAUAGCAAAAAUGGUGUCAGGCUAUCUCUAGUUAUAAACAACACAGAGAGAAUAGUUUCCAUUGUAACAAACUAUAAAGACAUAGGAACAAGAUUAAGUUAUUUAGGAUUUGGGGGUUAUGCCAAAAUGGAGGACAGACAUCAGAUCAUUCGAUAUGGCCUGGGGACUCAACUGGUUCCGAAACAAACCACAGUGGACAGUCAGCUGUUUGAUUUUGGAUUCACAGUCAAUGUAAUAGCGGGGGUGAUACUUUGUGGUGCUAUUGUUUUUUUGACCCUGCAGAGAAAGUUCUAUGUGUGCUUCAGUAGACUGAUGCGCUAUGCUCUGCUCUCGGUGCUCAUACUGUGGAUAGCUGCGUUGUUGUUCAUGUCGAACACCUGCGAUCAACUCCUCUGUGGGGUCAAAUGGAAAGGUGUCAGCACUGACCCAGAGGUCAGCAAACAAAUCAGACUUUAUGAUCAGCAUCACUUUCCCCUGCCAACUGUUGUCAUAACGACCCUGCCUGGCUCUGGAUCGGAAAUACUUAAGCACCUUUUUGACAACAGCUCCGACUUUGUUUACAUACGGGUCCCCACGGAGCACGUAGACAUUCCAGAGACCGAGUUCGAAUUUGACUCGCUGGUCGAUGCCUGUGAGUGGUCCAGAACGGACGCCCUGCGUGGACGCUUUAAAAUCAUCCAGGGCUGGCUGCACUCUCUGGUCCACAACACCAAGCUGCACCUGCAGAACAUACAGCUAGUGGAGAGUAGCAGGGCCAAGCUGCCCCAGAGAGCCCCAGGCCCCGGCAGUGACAGGAGGAAGAGGACCAGGAGGAAGGAGCCUGCUGCGGAGCUGAGGGGCAAGAUGAGGGGUAGCCUUGACCGGGAUGCUGAGUAUGUCAGGGAGAUGAGGCGCCACGUCAGUGAGUACCCCAAUGCCCGCGUGGUCCUCAACAUGAGGAGUGGAAGCUGGGGGCUCAAACUCCCCUUCAUUCAGGAGGUGGUGGGCCCGUCCCUAAGGGCCAUCAAUGUAGUCAGAGACCCCCGGGCGUGGAUCUAUCUCAUGCUCUAUAACAGUAAGCCCAGCUUUUACUCCCUUAAGAACAUUCCUCAACACCUGUCCCUGAUAUUCAAGGAGGACGGUAGCAGUAGCAGUACAAGGGACACGUGCCCAGCCUCAGCCCCUGAGUUCAGAAUGAUCCGGAUGCUCCUGUCCCACUCGGAGACCAGCGCUGUCCUCAUGCUGGCUCACCUGUGGCUGGCACACACUUCCGCAGUGCUCCGGGUCGGUGGGAGCCUCCAGGCAGAGGCCUACCUCCAGGUGCGGUUUGAGGACAUAGUCACUUUCCCCCAGGAGACAGGUGAAAGGAUCCACACGUUUCUGGGGGUGCCGGUCACACCGGCAGCCCUCAACCAGCUCAUGUUCACCACCUCCACAAACUUGUACAACCUGAUGUACGAGGGGGACAUAUCACCAGCCAACAUUAACAUAUGGAGGCAGAACAUGCCUCGCAAGGACAUCAGACUGAUAGAGGACACAUGUGGGGUGGUCAUGAAAAGACUUGGGUACUCCAGAUUUAUCAGCUAGUUAACGUUACUGCUGCAGGUCAGCUGAUAUGAAGUCUUGUUUGUAGCUGCAAAUCUUUUACUUUGAUCAUCUCUAAUGUUGUAUUUUGCACUGACCGGUAAUGGAAGUGAUAUCAUCACUGAAUCACUGAUGGCAAGUAGUAACACGGGACAAAAACAAUUAUUUAAGCCCUAUUAUUUAACUGUGUUCUGGGUUUUACUCUGUUACAUUAUAUGUGGGCACAUGAUACCUUGUGUUUGCAAGUGAGGGAUGUUUUACAUUAAAAUUAGUUGAAGGGGAGCUUAAAAAGUGAAAGUAUUUGAUUGUGUUUUCUCCCUAUUAUCCCUGGACAAUUACUUUAAACACUCUUUGUUGGAGUGAGAUUUCCAUCCUUUGAUGUCUUACAGUUUUCUCUUAAAAAGUCUCCCAAAAAACUGCAAAGUCUAAACAGAUUAUUUUUGUAAAGCUGUUUGGAGCUUAGAAAUACAGUAUGUUCCAAGUGCUUAAUUGUUUUUAAAUAUAUAUAUAUGAAUAAUGUGUUCCUAGUGCUUAUAUAAAUAUGUAUAUGAAUAUUGUGGACUGUAUUUUCAUAUAAAUGUAUACUGGAAAUGUUUUAUGUUAGACAAAUAUGCCAUCAAGGAAUUUUAUUUGAAGUUCAAAGAUGUCAUGACAUGUUAAUGGUUUAGCACAUUGCAGGGAUUCCCUCAGAAAAUGUGUGAAAGACUGUGUACAAGCCUUUAGAAUCAAGUUGAAGUAAUUAUUCAAAUGGUAAUCUUAGGUUGUUGGUUUUCUGGAGGAAAAGGAAAUCAAUGGCUUGUUACAAACACACAUACCCCAAAGGUUAUAACAAAUGAAUAUGGAAAUGAAUACCAUGAGCAUGACAUGAUGUUUAACCCUUUCAUGGCAUCCAUUGAGUUAACUCCUAAGAAGGUCAGCUCCAUAGAGAUCAAACUGGGCUAAACGACAGCCCUGACACAGUUUUAGUCUGAGCUAUUCCAAAGCAUCCCCCCAGCUACCCAUAUUAAUCUGCAAAACGCCAUAACUGGGGCACCGUCCUCUGUUUCUAUUGCUGCAUUAUCUUCACUAGGCCCUAGAGGAAAUGCAAACAAUGCAAGUUUCCAUUUCUUGAUGCGCUCAAUCAGAUAUCUAAUGAUCUUUCAGGACUUUGUCCUUAAACAGUUCACUAGACAUCAGCCUCCGCUGGAUAUGAAUAUUAAGUGUGUAUUAAAGGGAGUCUAGAUGUUUUCUGGGUCGUUAUGUUCUGUUCUGUAAGCCACCAGUGUGGACAAAAUGUAUGAGUCUUUUUUAUUUUUUAUUUUAUGCUUAAUAUACAUUUACAUAAUUGGAUAUUAAACAACAUGGAAAAAAUACACACUCAAAAACUAGCAUUGUGUAUGUAAAUAAAUGCAUAUCAUAUCAUACGGAAAUAUCAGUCCUUUCUCAGCCAGAAACUGUCCUGGUUUUCCACUUUGAACACUGAAACCUGUGACUGCUUGGAAACCUGUUUGAUGUUGUGGUCUAUGACUGUGUGUAGACUUGGCAGCCAUGCUCUCACUUUGGUGUUGCAAUCCUGUUACCAACUCUGUUUUGUAUUUGCUUGUGGGGAUGUGUUUCCUUGCUUCUGUGGCCUUGAAUUACAAACAUACUUCUCUACAUCUGGUUUAGUGGGAGCAGGAUGAUAAGACAAUGUAAAAGAAAAUAACACAUUCUUAAAUACAGAACAUUGACAACCAGUGAUCGCUCUGAUCCAUUGCAUAAUUGAUUCACUUUGUAGUUCUCUUUUGUAGUUCCAAAAACGGAGGCUGCUUCGUCACUAUAUAUGGUAAUCAAGGUCUAUUAUAGCUCUUUCUAGGAAAUUGGUGACAGAAACCUAACUGCCUAUAUGUGCGCCAUGCAUGACAAGG